GUCAGUUAGCGCUCAGAUUCUCAGAGAGGUCUGGUGAGGGACAGACGGCUCCCGCUUAUCACACGCGCACUCUUGAGAAACAACACCAGUCUUCAUCUUAGGAAAGAGUUUAUAGACGUGGCGUCACUCCAAUUAAAUCAUCGCGGAACAACAUGAAUCUGUUCAUACUGGCGACUCUUUUCUCAGUGGUUUUGGCCGAAAAAUCACCUCGGCUGAAAUUCACCGUGAUGGAGUCACCUCGGUUUCGCUUCAUGAAACCAGAGAACUACACAACGGUUUACCACCAACAGAAAACUGACGUCCUGUAUGUGGGGGGCCAAGGGGUCAUCUAUAAGCUCACCUUCAGUGAUAAAGGAGUGCAUGACACACAGAUCCAAGCUGUAAUGGAUGAGAAUGCAAAAGAGACAUGUGUCUCUAAAUCACCAAUAUGGAAGCAAGAGUGUGAUAAUUUCAUCACAGUAAUUGAGAGAGUCGGCGAUUCAUUUGUGGUAUGUGGGACAAGAGCCGGUGCUCCUAAAUGUUGGCUCCUGGUAAAUGACAGUGUACUGACGGACAUGCCAGAGGAUACAGCAGCGUCUUACAUUUUGGCACCUUUCCCUUCUCAGCGCUCUGUCAGCCUAUCAGCAGAUGGGAAUCUGUACUCCGCUUUGUCAGCAGUUGCAGGACAGACUGGCUCUAUCCGCCGCACAUAUGGCUCCAAAAAGCAGCUGAAAACAGAAAAUAAAUGGUUACAGAAUCCCCAGUUUGCUGGAGCUGCUGUGAUACCAUACACAGAAAAACUCAAAGAUGAGAUCUAUUUCUUCUUCAGUGAGGUCAACAGUACAACCAGUCUAGAUGAAGAGCCAUACAGGGCUCGCAUAGGACGAGUCUGCAUGGUUGAUGAAGGAGGGCUUCAUAAUGUGCUGCCAAACUCCUGGACUACGUUCCUGAAGGCACGUGUGAUGUGUGGGAAAGCUGGAACUCCUGUACAGUACAACAACUUCAAGCAGGCUUUCAUUCUGUCCUCUUCUUACCGCACUGGGUUGAUAUAUGGCAUCUUCUCCAAUGCUUGGAACAAUACUGUAGUGUGUGCAUAUUCCAUUGAAGAGAUUGACCAAGCCUUUUCUACAUCCAAACUGAAGGGCUACAACUCACCUUUAUCAACUCCCCGUCCUGGAAUGUGUUCUUUUAGGAAUAACACUUCCGCUAAUAACCAAAAGAUCCUGACUGUGAUCAAGGAUCACCCUGAGAUUGAGAACAUGAUCAUGCCAGUCGAUGAAGCUCCUCUGGACCUGCCAGUUCAAGACCACUUCACACAUAUUGUGGCAGACACAGUCUGGGCUGUCAAUGAUGAACACUACAGCAUCAUUUAUCUGGGCACAGAGAAGGGAAAGGUCCUGAAGGUGCUCCAUGCCAUAGAAGGAGCCUUUAUCAUAGCACAGUACUCUUUAUUCCAUGAUGAUAGUCCCAUUAUCAACAUGGCCAUUGACUCUAAAAAGGGUCAUCUCUAUAUUGGCACAGAGCUAGAAGUCCAGCGCAUCCCCCUGGCUGAUUGUGGUCGUUAUGGAGCCAGCUGCCAGGAAUGCAUCCUUUCACGAGAUCCAUAUUGUGCGUGGGAUGUGUUUAAGAAGAAAUGUACUGCAAUCCCAGCAGACUACACCUUUGGCACUGGAACUCUUGUUCAGACCCUUGACCACUCCAAUGCCUCGGUCUGUGGCUAUGUUACAGCUCCUAAGGCACGUAGCACCAUCCCCAAACAAGUUUUAGUGGAUAAAGAUGGAGCCGUCCUGUUACCAUGCCCCGUGCAUUCCUAUCAUGCCACUUACCGCUGGGAGAAAGACAACUGCAUCAAGCAAUAUCCUUGCACCAUCUCCGGUUCCUCAUGUGUGCUGGCACCGACCCCUGACCUGCCACUGAAGGAGGGCAUUUUCCGCUGCAUGAUGGAGGAGAGCGGCCUGCAACAGGAGGUGGUGUCCUACAAGCUGGUUUUCAACGGUGGGCCCCUCACCGCCUCACUAGCCUCCACCCUGGGGUUGGCUCUGCUGCUGGCUGGUGUGGCACACUGGCUCCUGUAGAUCCAAUGAAUCCUGGGGGCUCAAAAGGAAAGAAGUUUAAUUCUAAGGUCAGCAGAGCAUGAGUACCUAGGCCGGUCCAACUUAAGUGCAGGGGAGAAGCUGGUCUCUUAUAAACUGUGUUUCUUAUUUCUUACUCCGAGCAAUCACAAGUUUAUUCUUUUCUUUAAAGGGGCCAAGAAUAUGCAAAAUUUUGCAAAAUGCAAAAUGCUCUAUCAUACCAAACUCCAGUGUUAUUAUGUAUAACAUAAACUUGUGUAAGUGAACUAUUUCAUGCCAUCAGCCUGAAAGCAUUUAGACUUAUAUACUCUAUAUUAAAUAUCUAAUACAUUACUUGUAUUUGUACUGCAUAAUACAUUGGUUGCAAAAUGUUAGUGCCAUAAUUCAAAUGUUUCAGAGAACUGCUUUGCUGACAACACUCAGACAUGAAAUCCAGAUCAGUUUUUUUAAACUUGAUUAGUUUUCUUAGUGACAUCACUUUUCAGUAAGGUUCAGUUAACAUUAGUUAAGAAUAGGGUAUCUUGAACUAACUAUGAACAGUUUUUACAGCUUUUAGUAACCUAGGUUAAUUUACAAUUAUUUAAUAUAUGAUAUGCUAUAGUUUGUUGUCAAUUCAUGUUUGUUCAUAAUAUAUUAACUAAUGUUCAUUUGGACAGACUGCACAUUAUAAAGGUCAAAAAAGACAACAACAAAAAAAAAAAACAGCUUUAAAAAGGAAAGGAAAACUUUUCAGUCACAGCAGACCAUUUUUGCAAUUUUUCAGAUUAUUGUGAUUUACGCUCCCAGACAUUUUUUAGGCAUGGUGAGUUUGGUUGUUUCUUUAUGUAAAGAACUUGAGAUGCUAAAAUGUAUUAAGAAAUUAACGUUUUAUUAAUUGAAUUGAUGCGGUUCAUUUUUAAUUCAUAUACCUAAUGAUUUAACAAAACUGAACCUUAUUUUAAAAGUGUUACUUUUCGUUGGUAUAUAGAAUUGCUGAGUUACAGAUGUGUUAGAUGUGCGAGUACAUGCUGAAACGUUAAUAUUAUAAAUCCUUCAAUUUUCCAUUGUGUGCCAUUAGAACAGUUUUGAAGCCUUAAAACGAGGAUAAGUCCCUUUUAA